CGACACGAACUCUUUGUCGUCGUACCUCGCCGACAGGGGAACUGGGUGGCCUGAUCUCUGCUGCCUGCCAUGAUGGUCUGCGCAAGAUGGAUUCUUCCGACUACUUGUCUGGCGCAUCGGAGAUCGGUUCCCUGACUGCUCAUUCCAACGACGAGAGCCGCUUUGUGGGCAGCUCCAGCGGCGUCUUCUUUAUCAACACCGUGCGACAAGCUUUUUCGAAGAACCUAGGCCCCUUGGAUGAUGGCUCAUCGGCGCGAGACUUCCCUGCCGCAGAAGACACGAUUGUGGGCAGCGAGGAUUCGCCUCAGGACAACGGCAAGCCACAGGUAGCGUCCAGCGCGCCCUCCCCGUCCAUUACCGGCGACAACGACUCGGCUGCUACGCGAUGGCACUACGAUCCGGCCAUAGCGGCGAUAGUGGGCAGUCCGCCGCCACUCAAGACGGCCAAGGAGUUGAUGAUGAUGUAUUUCAAAGUGUGGCAUCCCCUAUUUCCGUUUCUACACGGACCGACCUUCUUGCAGGCGAUGGAACUGCUCUAUGCGAACGGGGAAGGUCACGGCCCCGGUCCUGUGCAUACCUCCGCCGCGUCAGAACACAGGAACGCAUGUUGGACGACGAUCUUCCAGUGUAUCUUCAAUAUGGCGAGUCUGCUGCGGUCGGAUGUUCGCCUGCCCGAGCAAUCGAAGAUCAAAUCCCCCGCUAGCAUCCAGCUCCUGCUCGGCACCUUGACAAGCCGACAUGACGUACAUUCUCUGCAAGCGCUGCUAGCCGCCCAGCUUUAUCUUGUGGCGACCAUGGCUCUUCGCCCAGCUUCCACCGUAGGCGGAUGCAUCUUGCGGUCGAUGCUACAUGGCGGGCUCCAUCGCUGCCCGUUUCGCUACAAACAACUCUCCUCACACGACCGCCACCUGCGAAAACGUAUCUUUUGGUGUGCAUACGCUAUUGAUCGCUACUUGAGCCAGGCGUUGGGUUUGCCAUUAGGCAUCCAAGACUCCGACAUCGAUGUGUGUCAGCCGGGGAUUCCGGAGACGCACGUUCCUGGGUCCCACAAACGAAGGACCCUCUCCAUCCAGUCGCCGAAAGGAUUGACAUCGAUCCCAGAAGCAUCCAGCCCCGAAACACCUCUUUCCGAGAGUAUGAGCCAGGCUGAAUCCAGAAACGAGGACAGUCACGAUCCUGCCUCGAUGGGCGAGACAGAGAGCAAUGAGAUGUCGGAACAGCAACGGAAACGAGAAGCCACAUUGGCCAGCUACGUGGAAUCCGGCAAGUUGACCGGCAGGGCGCUCGAGCUGUUCCAUAAAUCAAUACACACCCGCACCAUUCGACGGGAAAGUGUCCUCUUCCUUAUCUCCGACGUGCACAAAUGGUGGAACGGUCUUCCGCCAGAGCUGCAAGGCAGUCCUGCCAAAAUGAACCGAGGCAUCAGAUGGUGCCCCGCCGAGAAUGCGUUCAACUUCGGUCCCUACUUCACCGUCCUCUAUCACCACCUCAUCCUCCUCAUAAACCGGCCCACGCUGGCUCUCAGCACCGUCUCUGCGGAUUUCAGCUCGGGGUUGCAAACAUGCAUCAACGCCGCGCGGGGGAUUCUCUCCGCUCUCCGCGUGCAGUAUGAAAGUGACCAGGCGUUUUUCUGGCCGGGCUUCUUGUCCGCUGCGUGGAUGUCGGGACUCGUCCUUGCGUUUGCGUGUCAAUUAGGGCAAUAUGUCCCCUCGAAAGGCUCGCAAGAAAUCAACGAAUGUUUAAAGUUCCUCAAGGUCAUGUCCCAGCAAUGGGAAACGGCCAAGCACUGCUACUCGGCGCUAUCGUCGCUGAACAACAAAAUCAAGCAGCAGCGGCCUAACGAUAUGCCCUCUCGGCCGGCAGGCCCAUUAGAGAUGCAAAAGGCAGACACACAGCAGCCCGGCAGCGACGCAGACGAAGUUGCACACAAGAAACGCAAGCUGAGCGCAUUCUACUCGCCACCUCUGAGGUCGACGACCAUGCCGCCUCCUUUGACGCAGGGACCCCCUGGUCCGCUCCAGACCCCCUCCCUCGCUGCCCCGGGCCUUCAGAGCCCCGGCGAGAUGGUAAUCAGUCCCCAUCUGGCUGGAAUGGGAGGAGUAGAGGGAGACCUAGGCGGCCUCCCCUCAUCAUCAUCAUCAUCUUCACGGACGGGUCAACAGCCCACAACCGUAUUUCUGGACGAGUCGAUGACAUCUCUCGACGCCCGACCCUUUUCCGAGCCUGGCGGCGUCAUCCUUGAUUUCAACCAGAUGUUGCAUGGCGUCAAUCUCGAUCCGUUCUUCGACCAGUAUCCUCUGAGUUUCUAAACCUGGAUGGAUCUGGACAAAACUCGUGAAACUCGUGCACACAUGUAACCAUGGUAUAUACUGGGGAUGGGUCGGAUAUAAAUAUCCAAUACUAAUUAUUCAUUCGGGUCUUGACUUCAUUUUCUCCGCCUGUUAUCCAUCUCUCAUGCAAACGUAGCUUUAGACCUAUUGAAGGAAUUUCACCCGUUAACAUUA